UGGCUUUGUGUGGGCGCAGCUGUGCGAGCCCGGUCAGGAUGAUGAGAUGCUGGGAAGAGCACAUGCUGCUCUCCCAGCUCUUAAAACGUGAGGCUCUCCAUCCAUCCUCUGAAAAUCGCUGCUGUAGACGUCCACAUGGGAGUUUUUAUGCAGAUCGUGCGCUCGCAGAGAUGAUCAACCCCGUCAGACUCAACCUCUGGACCAGGCAGAUCUUAUAAUCUUACCAAAACCUGAUAACACAAAUAUGCUUGUGUGGAAUUUCCUAAGAAAAGAAGAAUCUGCAUGAAGAGAUGUGGGAACACAAUAUGAUUUCAGUUCUUUUCCACUGAGUCACACGUUGAAGCAGAAUCGGAAUGAAGAGUGAAUGGACAGAAAUGUGCCUGGGUCUAAUUAUUAUUGUACUUACCACAGUUGUGUCGAUACACAAACAGUUUUUCGAUCAACCUAAAAUUAAUCUGAAAAAAUAUGAUUAAUCGGUAAAUGAAUUGGUAGAUCAAUUCAUAAUGGGAAUGAUCAUUGUUGCAGUCGUACAUCCAAGUAGCUGAGACUCAUGGUCUUUGCAUCGAUAUUAAAGGCCUUGGCCAUGGGGGGAUCCAAGAGUAAGCCCAAGGAAUCAAGCCAGCGAACCCGCAGCCUCGAUGGCAACCUCAGCUCUGGAGGAGGGGCCGGCGGCCACCACCUCAACUCCAAUCAACAGUCCUUAACACCCAACCGCAGCCCUACUAUGGAUGGAGGUCUCAGUGGCAAUCAGUCUAUGGCCAAUAACGCAGAGCUGGCCCUGUUUGGAGGCGUGGACAAUAACAGCGUCACCUCUCCUAACAGAAUCACACUAGCAGGAGGUGUGACGACCUUCGUGGCUUUGUAUGACUACGAGUCUCGAACAGCCUCAGAUCUGUCUUUCAGGAAAGGCGAACGUCUUCAGAUAGUCAACAACACGAGGAAGGUGAACUGCAGAGAAGGGGACUGGUGGCUGGCGCGCUCCCUGACCACUGGAGAGAGCGGUUAUAUCCCCAGCAAUUAUGUGGCUCCAUCUGACUCCAUCCAGGCAGAAGAUCAUCUCAGACUGACUAUAGAGUCCAGGUGGUACUUUGGCAAAAUCUCACGCCGUGACUCUGAGAGGCUGCUGCUAAGUUUAGAGAACAGGAGAGGGACUUUCCUGGUGAGAGAGAGUGAGACCACCAAAGGUGCCUUCUGUCUGUCUGUAUUGGACUAUGAUAACACCAAAGGGCUGAAUGUGAAGCACUACAAGAUCAGGAAGCUGGACAGCGGAGGCUUCUACAUCACAUCGCGCACACAGUUCAGCGCCCUGCAGCAGCUCGUCAAUCACUAUCGCAAGCAUGCUGAUGGGCUGUGUCACAGUCUAACAGAAAUUUGUCCUGUGCUGAAGCCUCAGACACAGGGACUAGCUAAGGAUGCUUGGGAGAUCCCCAGAGAGUCCCUCCGUCUUGACCUCAAGCUCGGACAGGGCUGCUUCGGAGAGGUCUGGAUGGGAACAUGGAACGGUACAACACGUGUGGCGAUCAAGACCCUGAAGCCCGGCACCAUGUCCCCUGAGGCGUUCCUCCAGGAAGCUCAGGUCAUGAAGAAACUGAGACACGAGAAGCUGGUUCAGCUGUACGCGGUGGUGUCUGAGGAGCCCAUCUACAUCGUCACUGAGUAUAUGGGGCAAGGUAGCCUACUGGAUUUCCUGAAAGGUGACAUGGGUAAGAUGCUCCGCCUCCCCCAGCUGGUGGAUAUGGCCUCACAGAUUGCUUCGGGGAUGGCGUAUGUGGAGAGGAUGAACUACGUUCACAGAGACCUCAGAGCUGCUAACAUCCUGGUGGGAGAUAACCUGGUUUGCAAAGUGGCUGAUUUUGGUCUGGCUCGCCUCAUUGAGGAUAAUGAGUAUACUGCCAGGCAAGGGGCCAAGUUUCCCAUCAAGUGGACAGCUCCUGAGGCUGCUCUGUACGGCCGCUUCACCAUUAAAUCUGACGUCUGGUCGUUUGGGAUCCUGCUCACUGAGCUGGCCACCAAAGGCAGGGUGCCCUAUCCAGGCAUGGUGAACCGGGAGGUGUUGGACCAGGUGGAGCGUGGUUACCGGAUGCCGUGCCCAGCAGAGUGCCCCGAAUCCCUGCACGAGCUGAUGCUGACCUGCUGGAGGAAAGAGCCAGAGGAGAGGCCCACCUUCGAGUACCUGCAGGGCUUCCUGGAGGAUUACUUCACCUCCACCGAGCCUCAGUACCAGCCAGGAGAGAACCUGUAACUGGGCCGAACGUGGAUAUGUGCAUGUGUUACGCAUGCGCAAAAACUGAGCAUGUGCAUCUGCUUUUAGAGUGCAUGGACCAGUGUGUGUGUGUGUAUACAGUAGAAAGCCGACAGCAAUCUGGGUACAAUCAGUAACUCUCUGACGUCAGGGAUCGUCAGCGGGACAUCAAAACAAUCAGCGACAUUCAGUUCCUGCCUCUUUCCAAAGUCAUUGUCACACUCCCCACUGUGUCAGCCAGUCAGAGAGGGACUAUUUUCAGAGGAAGAGACUAUUACUUGUUAUACAAUGCUUUUUUUUGUCAAUCAAAUCAACGGCCUAUACAGCCAAGCAGGUUUUUCUACCUUCUUUGUGUUUGUAAGGUGCCCUUAUAAUAUACAGUACAUCCCCCAGACGCUCCUCCUGUAUUAAUUCAUGACUGACUGACUGAUCUUGUAGUUUCCCAGCUUCAAUGACACCAGACUAAAAGACUAAAAGACUAGUAACUUUGGAUACAAGUACUGUCCUGCUGAAAGCGCCACUACAGGAUUUCUAUUUUACUACACUUUCUGUGGGAUCCAAUUCAAAACACAUGCUCAGACUUUGUCUUCCAUUUUGUCACAUGAGAAGCAACUGUUGGGGGAUGUACAUUAAAUUUCCAGGAUAUUGCGAAUCAUGAAUUUUUUUGUUAUUAGACCAUUAGACCUGGAUCAACUGGAAAAUGUUCUGGUGAACAUUUUUACACCCCCCCCCCCCCCCCGCAACAAGUUUGUCGACUGCUGUGAGAUUCUGAAUGAGGCUAACACCCUUGAUUCCCAUCAGUGUGUGUGUGUGUGUGUGUGUGUUCGUGUGCGUUCGUGUGUGUGUGUUUGUGUGUGUGUGUAGUAGUCUCACACAGCAUCAUACAGCUCGACGCAAAGAAGAGGCGAGGCAGAGUUUGUCUCUCUAUUUUCUCAUUGUGACUUUUCUUACAAACGAAAUGCUACUGAUCACCAACAGUCGUCUCACGACGGAGGUGAACUCAAGUUCUGCUGCAAGGAUUUUUGUGCCAAUGAAAAAUCUCUUUUUGUACUCUACUUAAAAAGUGUAUUUUACUACUCUGAACUUUUCUUACAAUGAAUUCUGAGAUGUAAGUGGAGGAUAUGCUGUUCUCCUCAAAGGAUAAUCCACUGUUUUCAGAUCCCGUGCACCUGUGUACAGAACCGACAGGCUCACCAUCGCGGUUUCAAGGUGUCGAUUUUGUUUUUUUUUAAGGAUUGAAAUUAAAAUCAGGUGAAUUUUUUUCAUGCCUCCACAUUAAUAUGAAUCUAUUUUUUAAUCAGCCUCAGUACUUCCCCAAUAAUUGGUGCAUCUGUGAGCACAAUCUUACACUGGAGAUCUUGUUUCUGUUGUGGUGACGCCGUCCUCCAGCCUGUAGGGGGCAGACUAGGAGCUUUCCCAUAAACAGCAUGUAUAGCAAAUAAAUUGGCAUCUUGAAACUUAAAUGUAAAUAUCCUAAUUUUUUAUGUAUAUACCACCUUUAUAAUUUAUUCCUUUUAAAAUAACCCAAUUGUUUAUUUUUCUGUCAGCAUCAAACUUUAAUGUUUAUGGUACUUUUUAUGGGUUAAAUAACAUCUGACAGUAAUGAUAUUAAAUGAAUAUAUAUAUUAUAGAAACACUUUUACAUUACAAGUAUGUUUUUUUUUUGUGCAUGUAUUUCUGUGAAACCUUAUCUCGGAUGUACAUUUUCAAUAUGACUGACAAGAACUGGUGAGCUGGCUCCAUAUUCCCUGACUCACCUGUUUGAAGAAACUGCUGGAUACUGAUCAAAUACCAGCAUCACUCUUUCCCAUAAUGCAAUCAAAACCUCAGAUGUUUACAUCGUGAUAAUCUUCAGAACUUGUUGGUGCUGCUUCAGAGGCUGGGAAAUGAGCAGGUAAUCAAGUGUCAUUCUUGUCUGUUUUUUUCUGGGUACACCUGAACCAGCAUACUGUCUGUGUGCGUAUGUCUGCAUGUGUGUGUGCGUGCGUGUGUGUGUGUGUGUGUGUGUGUGUGUGUGUGCGCGCGCUGCCAUCCUCUGUACUUCCAUGAUCAUUCAACAUUGCGAUCAGCCUCUCCAACUUAGAUUUAAAAAAAAAAGCACUUGUGAUUACGAUUCAAUAAUCUUCAGUAGAUCAUGUGACUGCCAGACGUGGAAGCAGCUUGAUAUGUGUAUAGUGUCGACCGUGUCCCGUGGACGUGGAUCACGCCACGUUGAUCUGCAUAGGGGGCGGUCAGGUUGUUUGGCAUCGUCACCGGUGUCAGAGAAUGUCAAGGAGCAAGUAUGGAAAAAGUGCACAUAAAGGGUCAUAUUGUCUGCACGCAGCCUCGCUUACAAGCCAAGGACAUUUCCUGUGGGGUUCUGUGGGUCUCCUUUCUGGCUAUGCAGAUAUUUUACUAUAUAUACUCUUUUCUACUGUAUUCAAUGGGGAUUUUCAGAUUAAAAAGCUCUGUUAAAUCCUACUGAAUACUGUUACAAUAUGAAAGUUUGUUUGAAUAAAAUUUGUAUAUUGCCA